CAAACCCUCUCUUUCUCUUCACCACUGCAACAUAUUCUCAAAUCCCAAACCCUAACAAUUCACUAUACUUCUCACUUUCUCUCAAUCUACAAUGGCUAGAUCCAGCGCUGUUUUCAUGCUAUUGGCCGCAUUGUUGGUGAGCUCCGCCGUGGCUCAAUCUCCGGCCUCUUCACCGGCUUCGUCUCCGACCAAGACACCCGUUGCCGCUUCCCCGAGGAAAUCCCUGUCUCCCUCGCCAGCAGUUUCUCCAUCCGCUCAGACACCGUCUGCAUCUCCUCCUACUCCGGUUGAGAGCGGUCCUUCUCCUUCUCCGGCCACCGUCGACUCUCCUCCAUCUCCUCCUCCGGCUUCCUCUGAGUCACCCGCUGAUGCUCCUGCUGUCACUCCCUCAUCCAUCUCAUCUCCUCCAUCUGAAGCACCAGCACCGUCUCAAAACGGCGCCGCUUUGAAUAGAUUCAGUGUCGCUGGAUCUGCUGCUGUCGUUGUUUUCGCUGCGGCUUUGUUGAUGUAGAGAGAAUUGCGGGAUCUCGAUUCUACUUUUUUGUUUUGUUGCUAUUUAAUUUCUGGUUGUGAUUAUUCAUUCAUUCGAUUAUUUUGUGUAUUCUGAUUAUCAUUAUUAUUAUGAGUGAGAUGAUACAUUUUGGUUCCGAUUA